GAAGCAAUGAAUCACGGAGACCAGUAUUAUGCAACGCGAAGGAUUGGAAGUGAACUUGGAAGUGUGAUAGUGGCUCAAGCCCGUAAGCUUAAAGAUAAUUACCAAGAAGCUGGGAAAUUAAAGGUUGUACAUAGAAUUUUAACAUUUCGCCACCACACGCGUAUAUUUGUUAUUUAAAUGUACAUCCAUCAGGCGUGACUGACGGAUUUAUGCUUGAUAACCUUCAGUUCCUCGAUUCCUGCAAAUUUGUUGAGUCAACUUCCACCCGAAUGUGCUAAACAGCACGUCGGAGGUUGAGUGAGUGACUGAGCGACCGAAUUGCAAAGAAACUGAGCAUUAUAACCAAAUGUUUCUUUAACUUGAUUUUACGACCAGUAGCUAGUUAUUAUCAAGUUCGUAUUAUGAAAUUAAAUGGGUUAGUGACUGCCAUUACGCCGUGAAAGACUGGGUAGUUGUUUACAGUCAUCUGUUGAAUUUCCCUAGUUUAAAGUUCAAGAUCACUUAAUGGUAAAGGCAGAAGACAUUUAACUAAUUGACCAUGAUUCCUAGGUGUGGCAAUUGUUCUGGGAAUAAAGAUAUGAGCUUAAAACUUCCUUUACUCGAUGAAUUUUCCGUUUUCAAUUAGUGUGUUGAACUAGUGGAGGAAAGAUGUUCAGUUCUUCCACCAUCAGAAGCAGCAGUUAGUGGAGCAAUCAAGAUCGCAGUUGUCUCGUGAACUCAGCACAGUUCUUGAAAUCAAAGUGAUGGCUGCUGCUCCAUUAGGACAAGCCGCAAUGUCUACGCAAAGUUCCUCCCAGGAGGAUGGGGCUCGACGACAGCGACGUGAAAAACACAACCGACCCCCACCUCAGGCACCACAGGAAAAAAGUUCAUGGAUUUACUCGACGUUUAGGAAAAGAGCAUGCUGUCAAUUCAUCCGUUCUUCAGAUGUGAAAGACGAAGGACGGUGCUGCUGUGGUCGUUUGGAGGAUGACCACCCUGACGCAAGAAAUCAAACAAGUGAUGCUGACCAAUGGGACCCGGACAAGCAUACAAAAGAAGACGGAUCAACCGACGCUUAUGGAGAACUUGAAUUUACUGGAGCAGGACCCUCGAGCAGAGCGAAGUUCAUCCGCAUUUCUCAUGAUACCCCUCCCUCUACCGUUCUGAAACUGUUCAAGGAAGAAUGGGGAUUACAGUUACCCAACCUUGUCAUUUCCGUGACAGGUGGAGCGAAAGAAUUUGUGAUGGAACCCAAAUUAAAGUAUUUGUUUCGACAAGGACUGUUGAAGGUCGCCCUGACCACAGGUGCCUGGAUCAUCACAGGUGGAACAAACACUGGUGUAAUGCGUCACGUGGGAAAAGCCGUUAAGGGUCAUACUGUCUUGUCACGAGGUGCACAUCCGAAAGACAAAGCGUCACAGCUACCUUUGAUAGGAAUUACUACGUGGGGAAUUGUGGAACACAGAGAGAAACUAAUAAACUGCAAGGGCGUUGCCCCUUAUCACAUGACCUCCAGUUUAGAGUCGAAAGGAUCCUGUAUCGACAACAAUCACUCACAUUUCAUUCUGGUGGAUGAUGGAACGGUAGGAAAAUACGGACGAGAGAUCGACUGGCGCGCCAAUCUCCAAAACUGGAUUGCAGCAGAGAAGAUACCGAGAAAAUGUGGAGAUGCUGCAAACAACACUGCAUCAAGUGAUAAGUCAAAUGGUAUCCCUGUGGUGCUGGUAGUCCUUGAAGGAGGUAUCAAUACAAUCCAAACAGUUUUGAAAUCCAUCGAAAGUGACCCACCUGUGCCUAUCGUGGUUGCUAAAGGGAGCGGCAGAGCUGCAGACAUUUUGGCUUACGCUUACGAGCUUCAUGGCGCUGAAAUGAGGGACUUUCCUGAGGUUGUUGAGCAUGAAAUACUUCUGAUGAGAAUACAGAAAACCUUCCCAGAUUGUGGCCAGGAAGAGUCUCGACAGCUUUACAAAGAUGUAGUCAAGUGCGUGACGAACAAGGCAUAUAUUACAAUAUAUGAUAUAAACGAGGAUGGUACCGACAUCGACAGGGCGAUUCUAAGAGGCCUUUUAAAAGCGCAAUGUGCGUCUCCAUCUGACCAAUUAAACUUGGCUUUGACAUGGAACAGAGCGGACAUCGCUAGAAGAGAGAUCUUUACAAAGGAUCAAAAGUGGAAAUUGAUGGGUGCCUUGGAAGAUGCAAUGAUGGAUGCCCUCAUUACCAAUCGCGUUGAGUUUGUAAAUCUACUACUGGAGAAUGGCGUCAGUAUGAACAAGUUUCUGACAAGAUCUCGGCUUGAGAAGCUUUACAAGGCUGUAACCAGAGAAAAGGGCUCGUCAUCAAGAGCUGUCUUUAAAAUACUCAUUGGAAAAGAUAAGAUCGACAAAUCUUUUAGCCUUGAUGAUGUUAAAGAUUCUCUUCGAAGACUGGUAGGAGGAACUUACAAAGAACACGGCAAUGUUUACCGCACGAUAAGAAAGGCAUUACGACUGGGCAACAACUUGUUCGUGGAUGGACACCCUGGCCAACAGACCGAUAAAGAAUUGAUUCCCAAUCCGUUCUACGAAUUGUUGCUGUGGUCAGUGCUAUGCAACAUGCAUCAAAUGGCACUAUUUAUGUGGGAGCGUGGGUCCGAGAAUCUGGCAAUGGCGCUAGUGGCGGGAAAGUUGUACAAAGACAUUGCGAAGCUAACAAAGCGAGACGAUGCCAAGGCUAACGUUACUGAAGAGCUGAAAGCACAGGCUGAUGAGUUCAAGAGACUCUCGCUGGGUUACUUAGACCAGUGCUUUCGAACAAGUGAAGAGCUCACCCGGCAGCUUCUAAUCUACAACCCAAAGAACUGGGGCGGACAGACGUGUCUGUCUCUCGCUUAUUCCAUUGAACACGAGGAAUUCCUAGCUCAUGUUAGUUGCCAGACUCUUCUCACUGAAAUAUGGACGGGAAAGAUGAAUACUUCUCAGAAAUCGUCUUUGAAGACCAUAGCAGGUCUCCUAUUUCCUCCUGCGAUAUUGCUGUUGGAAUUCCACCCACAACCGCCGCUAGACGUGCCAAAGGAAGAAGGCAAGGACCUCGGAAAACACAACCCUGCUUUCACUUCAAACCCAGCAGAGAACGACAGAAAAGUGGAAGCAGUUGAGCUAAGGGAUCGAUGUAACUCUGUACCGCAUGGUGUAUCCAGAAAAAAGUACAGUCAUAAAGUUCAAAUGCCGUGGUGGAAGAAAAUUUUGGAGUUCUAUAAGUCUCCGGCGGCCAAAUUUUGGGCCAACGCGUUUAGUUACAUGGUGUUCUUGGCCCUCUUCAGCUACGUUAUUCUUGUUCGUCAGGACAAAAUUCCCUCCAUCAGUGAGAUCGUGCUCAUUAUCUAUGUUUGCACCUUGCUCACAGAAGAGAUUAGACAGAUAAUCCACUCGAAAUCACCGAGGCUGGGAAACAAAUGCAAAGAAUGGGCCUCUAACAAGUGGAAUAUCCUCGACGGCAUCGCAGUGGUGCUGUUUUUUGUUGGUCUUGGUCUCAGGCUUCACCCGGCCACACGUGGUGUAGGACACGUGUUGUACUGCUUUGACAUCGUAUUGUGGAUCAUGCGACUAUUGCACAUUUUUUCUGUCAGUAAAUAUAUGGGACCUUAUGUGGUCAUGAUCGGAAGGAUGUCUGUGGACUUGGUGUAUUUCUUACUGAUCAUGGUAGUUUUCUUCUUGGCUUAUGGAAUCGCACAGCAAGCUAUCCUUUACCCUCAGUUAGAACUAGCGUCCUGGUCCAUGGUGUCUGGUGUCUUCUUCAGACCGUAUUUCCAGGCUCAUGGAGAGCUGUUUAUGGAUGCGCCAGAUAUAAUCGAUAACACGACGACAGUUUUUGGCACACCAAGACACGAUUCUUUCGGAGACACUGUAGUGUCGUUCUUGACGGUGUUUUAUUUGCUGGUCGUUAACAUUCUGCUCUUAAAUCUUCUUAUCGCCAUAUUCAAUAACACAUACGAGAAGAUGCAAGCCAAUGCAAAUCAGAUUUGGAAGUAUCAGCGGUACUAUCUAGUUAUGGAGUAUGAGCAGAGGCCUGUCUUGGUACCACCUUUCAUCAUCGUUAAUCACGUUUUGUAUUUCAUGCGGGGCUUGUAUCGCUGGCUCAGAAACUGUCGAAGGCAGCGAGACGAAAAUGACCAAGACGGUUUUAACUCUGACAAGCCAAAAGGGGAAAACUACAAUGUUGAAAUGAAAGUGUUCGAAGAGCGAUGCGUUGAUGACUACAUCAGAGAGAAAGAUACACUCCUGCACGCCAGUCAAGAGGAGAAAAUCAGGGUCAUUGGAGACAGGUAUAAUAAGCUAGAAUUAACGUAAUUACAAGCUAGUCAUACUCAAUACCAUCCUAUUCCAUAUCCAAUCUAAACCCUUGCGGUCUUAUCCCAUCCUAUCCCAUCCCAUCCCAUCCCAUCCCAUCCUACCCCUUUAACCGGACAGGGGUCUACAAGUUGGCCGGCAAUUUUAGAAACCACAUAAAUAGUAAUUGAAUCUAAACCAAUAGGGAGAUUGAGAAUUCGGUUUCCUCUAUUCCAGCCACGUCAUUUCAAACAAUUCAUAAUCUUGGAGGUUUUAAAAUUGGUUCUCUCAAUAUUACUAGUCUGUAUAGGCACAUACACGAACUAAUAGUCUUUAUGACAAAACAAACAUUUGAUAUUCUGGCCGUUAAUGAGACUAGGCUAGACAAUACAAUUUCGGAUUCUUUAAUACACCUCCCAAAUCCAAGUGGAGGUGGUGAAUGCGCUUACAUCCGAAAUUGCAUAAAUUAUAGACGACUCUGGGAUCUAGAAAAUGAGUCCUUAGAAUUAUUAGCGCUAGAAAUUAACAAACCAAAUUCCAAGCCAUUUUUGGUACUUUGUUGGUAUCGACCACCUCAUUCGCCAGUCGAGCAUUUUGAUGUUUUUGAAUCUCUUUUAAAACCGGGCUGAAUUAGGUUACUCGGAUAUCUACAUAACUGGCGAUAUAAAUUGUAAUCUCCUACAAGACCCUAUAGCGACUCGUACACAAAACGACUCAUUAAUAUUAUCGAAGCGUACUAAUUGACGCAGGUG